GCAUGAAGAGCGGCAUACUAUUACGGGUCUCAAAGGCGCUGAGGCCGAAGAGGAAGGCUGAAGCUGGAUAGCCUUGCUCACUUGGGAUGUGUGGUGGUGCGGCUCUGCGGGAGAGGCUCGCAGAUGGCUUGCGGCAGUUCUAAUAGGCGCUUCAGAGGAAAAGGAAGCAUUUGCAUCAGGAUGUAGUAUGGGAUGGGAAACACUGCCCAAGCACAAGAUUUGUGGACCUGGACAUGGAGAAGAUGGUGUGACGCCGAGAGAUGAUGAUGCUUUAGAGUGUCAUGAAGGAUUCAACCCUUGUGGGGAUCUACUGCGGCUUCAUCAUCAAGGUCCUGUCGUGCCCUAUCGUCAAGAGCCGAUCUGGCGCCUCGGAGUCACGAUGGAGUACGAGAGAAGGAGAGUGAAUUCUGUGAACCAAAUCGCAAAGAAAGACCGGACUAGGCUUGGCAGGUCUUCACAACGUGGCAGUUCCGAGGGUGACCGACCGAUGUGUCCUCGCCGGGGAAGUGGCCGUGGUCGGAAUUGGCGCAAUGGAGAAGAAUCUGGUCUUAGAAUACGGAGCCAGAGACCGCGUCACAUUCAGUUCUUCUUCAGCGUGCAAUACCACGAGUUGCAAGACAUAUCGAGAUUGACCAACUGAGCUGACGGACUCCACCGCCAAGCUCACUACCGUAUACUACUCGCCCGCCAAAUAUUUACGAUUUCGUCACGAUUCGCGGAUACCAUCAGCGAGUGGUGGAUGGAGGCCAACGAGAGCGCAUAUUCGAACCGACCCUUUCACAUCUCGGACUUGCAGACCGAAUAGGGCUCACAGAAUGAAUGAGCAUCUAACACUGAUCUGCUUGUACGCU